GGAAUGGAGUGCAGUUCAUUGGGGUGGAGCGGACUUGAAUGGAGCGGAGUGCUGAGAAUAUGAUUGUGGAGCCAGUUUGGUCGGAGAUGGACAAUGGCUCUUUCCCGAGGUCUGAGAUGCUGUGCCCGGGUGUUUUCCUGGAUACCUGUCCUCAUAAUCACCUCCGUGGUGCUGUGGUCCUACUACGCCUAUGUGUUUGAACUAUGUAUAUUCACUAUCAGCAACACAUUGGAGAAGGUGGCCUACCUACUGGUGUUCCAUGUGUGUUUUGUGAUGUUCUCCUGGACCUAUUGGAAGGCCAUCUUCACUCCUCCUGCCACACCCUGCAAGAAGUUCCAGCUGUCGUACUCCGAUAAGGACCGUUAUGAGAGGGAGGAGAGGCCUGAUGCUCAGAAACAGAUUCUGGUGGACAUCGCUAAGAGUCUCCCCAUCUUCACUAGAGCUACGUCUGGAGCUAUCAGGUUCUGUGACCGGUGCCAGGUGCUGAAGCCUGACCGUAGUCACCAUUGCUCUGUAUGUGAAACGGUGAAUAACUGUGUGGGGUUCUCCAACUACAAGUUCUUCCUCCUCUUCCUGUCCUACUCCAUGGUCUACUGUGUGUUCAUCUCUGCCUCAGUCUUCAGAUUCUUCAUCAACUUCUGGGUGGGGGACCUGCCAAAUGGACCUGCUAAGUUCCACGUUCUCUUCCUGAUGUUUGUGGCUUUGAUGUUCUUGGUCAGUCUCAUGUUCCUGUUGGGUUACCACUGCUGGCUGGUCGUCCAGAACCGGUCCACACUAGAGGCGUUCUCUGCUCCAGUCUUCACCACAGGACCAGACCGUAACGGUUUCAAUGUGGGGGUCAGGAGGAACCUGCAGCAGGUGUUUGGAGACAAUAAGAGACUCUGGUUCCUGCCUCUCUGCACCAGCCAAGGAGAUGGCCACUACUUCCCUCUGAAGAGCCUUAGUGAAUCCUCAACCUCUCUAUUAGCCAAUGAGGAGAAAUGGGAAGAGGAAGAGGAGUCAGAGGACGACAACAUAAGUGGUGACAGGGAUCCCUCUGUUACCGUAGAGAUGGACGAAGAGGAGUAGGAUCACUUCAUGGACUUUAUAAACUGUGCAGUGGGUGUUGUACCCUGUGGAGGCAGACAGACCCUGUGGAGGCAGACAGACCCUGUGGAGGCAGACAGACCCUGUGGAGGCAGACAGACCCUGUGGAGGCAGACAGACCCUGUGGAGGCAGACAGACCCUGUGGAGGCAGACAGACCCUGUGGAGGCAGACAGACCCUGUGGGACCAUCGGACACAGGAAGACCUCAACGUGCAGCCAAAGCUGUCACCUUCUCAAUAUCAGGAAGAGUUUUCAGUUCACCAUGGAGACAAUGUUAGGGGAACAGUUCACCAUGGAGACAAUGUUAGGGGAACAGUUCACCAUGGAGACAAUGUUAGGGGAACAGUUCACCAUGGAGACAAUGUUAGGGGAACAGUAGUCCAUUAAUAUUAUGUCACAGUACACAAUUGUUUUAAGAGAAAGACCAUGUCUAGCACUGUCUCCCUACUUCUGUUGUCUCCCUACUUCUGUCUCCCUACUUCUGUUGUCUCCCUACUUCUGUUGUCUCUGUCUCUCUACUUCUGUUGUCUCUCUGUCUCUCUACUUCUGUUGUCUCUCUACUUCUGUUGUCUCUCUGUCUCCUUCUGUUGUCUCCCUACCUGUCCUGUAUUAUUGUGUAUCUUAUAUAGUACUAGGCUGCUAGCUAGCUUUUCAUUUCUUGCCUGUAUUUUGUUAAUGUAAAUAGCUUUGUGAUUUACAUCUUUAAAUGAAAAGAGUUCUAUAAAUGUAAUGUAUUAUCAUUAUUCCAUAUGCAGGGCCCUUAAGGCCCAGAAUGGAGAAAGCCCAUUAAAACCACAUGUAUUUGUUGUCAUCUUAGG